CUGUCUAAUAUACCUUCCUCUCGUGUCCUACCCACCAAAAUUGUCUUCAUUUCUCUGCAAUUGCAAUCAUCACUUACUUCAUCCUUAGCUUUCCUUCCAAACAAUGAAUCCUCAACAAAACCCUGUAGAUCCUGACCACCCUCAACUCCCCACCAUCAAGAUCCACCACCCCUCCUCCCCUCGCCACCCCCACCCCCACCAUCCCGGCGCUACCCCUACCCCCACCGCCGGCGCUCGCCGCAAGAUUGGCGUGGCCGUCGACCUUUCCGACGAGAGUGCCUAUGCCGUCCGCUGGGCUGUCCAUCACUAUAUCCGUCCAGGGGAUGCUGUCAUCCUCCUACAUGUCAGCCCAACCUCCGUCCUUUUCGGUGCUGACUGGGGUCCACUUCCCCUCCCUAGCCCCACGCAAACCCCUACCCAUUCCUCACAGCCUGACUUCAAUAAAGACAAUUCAAAUUCAUCUCAUGAAGGGCACGGCAAUGACAAUAGCCAAAAACAGCAGCAGCUCGAGGAUGAUUUCGACGCCUUUGCGGCGUCCAAAGCGGGGGAUCUCGCGAAGCCGCUGAGGGAAGCACAGAUCCCUUAUAAGAUCCACAUUGUAAAGGACCAUGACAUGAAGGAGAGACUGUGUUUGGAGGUGGAGAGGUUAGGGUUGAGUGCAGUGAUUAUGGGGAGCAGAGGGUUUGGAGCAGCCAAACGAGGAAGCGAUGGGAGGUUGGGUAGUGUGAGUGAUUACUGUGUGCAUCAUUGCGUGUGUCCGGUGGUGGUGGUUAGAUAUCCAGAUGAUAAGGAAGCUGGUGGAAAUGGUGAAGGCGAGGCCGUAGUUAACGUUAACGUCCCUAUUGAGGAGGAAGACGAGGAGGACGCCAAUCGCAAAGGUGCAUAGACUGAGCUUUGGAAUCCAUGGCUAGCUCCUCUUCAUAGCAGAUCCAAUUAUGCAUCAGCAGAGAUUAGGUGUGGCAUGCUAAGAGAGACAUGGCGUUGUUUUGUUGGACCAUCUGCAAAAUAGAAAUACUUCUUUUGCUUCUCUCUUGUCAUCGGUUCCCAUGUAUGAAAAAUAGAGAGAGACUUGUGGUGAUAUAAGUAUGGCUAAUGAAUGUAAGGUUUUCAGAUUAUCUGCUAGUCCUUUAGAAACAUGUUUUUGCUGGAUUGUUAUGUACAUCAUUUUUCUCUUGAAGAUUGAAUCUCUACGAGUUUAUUUGUGCCGUUUUUUCAAA